GUGGCGCCACCUUGCCAAGUUGGCCGUACGCCAUGCAUUACAUUGUUGUUGUGUUUUUAUUUUAACAUUCGCAUGAAAUUCCCACAAAUUGGAAACAAACUAGAUCUCUAAGUAAAUAUAACUACCUUUAGGACCAUUUGGAAAUCAUGCUGGACAACGACACCAGCAACAACAACUGCAAUCCACAGAAACUGCCACUGGACGAGCUGAAGUUCACGCUUUCAGGCCAGGAUGGUGUCCGGAAGCAUAUUCCGGCGUUGAACGAGCACUGGGUGCGACGCGAUAAGCCUUUUGGAACCUACAUAUGCCUAAUGAAGUCCUACGGACGCCUGAAAACCGGAGCCGCUCUGGAGGAGUGGACAUUUGCGGCGAAAAACUGUCAACAAGACUUCGAGUUCCUAUUGGGCCUGAGGCAACAUGAAUUCUGGUCGUACAUGGUGUACGAGGAGUCCUCCAUGGCGGCCAUCGUCACAUUCCUGCAACGUGCCAAUCCCUACUACAUCCAGCAAGAUACCGACCCAGACAAGGCAACCCAAGAGGCUAUCGAGCUGUAUGGCCAGCUGCUGGACCUUGUGGUGCGCCUAGUUAUGCGUCUGUGCACCUCCCAGGAAUCGGAUACCGAGUGGAUAAGCCCCAAGCAGCACGGUAGUUUGCUUUACACGAACUAUCUUAUCUCACUGCCCAUGCUCUUCGAUCUGAUAGUCGCCGUGGGCGAUGCAGAGCCCUCUAAUAUCGAUCUGCUGCGCGAUAUCAUCGAGAGCGUGCUGCGCCUGCAGCCGGAUUACGCCAAGGACAUGAAGGAGGCGUUGGCCUUUUACGAGAACGCCUUCCUCAGCAUGCAGAUCCAGGUGGAGAACGAGGGCUAUGAGGGUGCCGGCGGCGGAGCACCAUUAGAUGCCGAAUUGGAGACGCCCUACGACGAUGUGGUGCUCUUCGCCAUGGACUGUGCCUACACCCUGCACCUGCUGUUGCUACUGCGACCAGAGCUGGUGGAGAUUCUGGAAGAGCUGCGACUGGUGCCGAGCAUUGCCAAUUUCUACGACCUGACUGUUCCCAUGCUGUACCGGAACAUCAACAUGAUAAAUCCCCAGGCGAACUCGCUCCGCUGGCUGAACGAGACCCGCCAGCAGUUCCUUCUCGUGGCCCGGCGCGUCAUCAGCAUCCAGUUGGAGGAGGGACGGGGCCAGCAGCUGGUGGAGGUGCUCCAGGAGAGCCUGGCCGCCCAGACCUUUGUGGUGGACUAUCAGCGCCAGUUUCCCGUGGAGAACGACAUCGACCAGCUCCUUCGAAAGUGCCCUAAAGUAAAAGACUACAAGAUCGACUUUGUGAUUUCCGGCUACCAGUCGGCCCUCAGCAGUUGCACCAACGGCAUCAUGGCGGAGGAGCUGCUCAGUAAUCCGGACACCGAGGACGACGAGGAGGAGGAGGAAGAGGAAACCUCACGCGCCUCCCCACUGUCCGAUCCUGCGGCUGUGAACGGUAGUGGAGCCACCAGGGAUCUGGAUGUGGAGGUGACGGCUGUGCUGGAUGUCCUGCCCGAUCUGGGAACGGGCUUCAUCCGGCGACUGCUCGUCCGGUACGAGAACAGCGAGCAGGCUAUUGCCGCCAUUCUGGACGAUAAUCUGCCGCCCGAUCUGGCCCAGGUGGACCGGCAGGAGUUGUAUGUGCCGCCCGAUCCGCAGGACAAGCUGCAGCGUCAGACCGGCGUCCGGCACUACAACGUACACGACGGCGAUCGCUACGAUGUCCUGACCCAGGACAAGCCCGAGUGCAUCAUAAAGCUGGGCAAGGGAUUCCCGGGAGCGCCGCGCAACGCGGAGCAGUUGCUGGACGACAAACGGGACCUGGAGCAGCUGAAGGAUCGCUAUCAGCAGUACGCUCUGGUGGAGGAGAGUCCGCUGGAGAAUGGCGAAUACGACGACGAGUACGAUGACAGUUAUGAGGCUCUGAACGAUGGCCAGGCUCCGCCGGUGAGCCUGCUCCGUGCCCGUAUCCAGGCGGCUGCCAGCUCGGCCUACGAGCCGCAGGACGUGGCGGAGGAUGAUGAGGAGAGCUCCGGCAGCGAGUCGGAUGGAGAGCCAGCCAAACGGAAUCCCAUCGAUUUCUGUGAGAAUCCAGAGAUCACAAGAGCUCGCUAUCAGCAGCGUUUGAUGGCGAAGUAUGGGAAUAGAGGAGGUGGAGGAGGAGGAGGAGGAGGUGGUGGUGGCGGUGGAGGAGGAGGAGGAGGAGGAGGAUCAUCUGGUGCCUCUGUUGUGGGAGCACCCAAGGGACAAGGACAAUCGCAGCAGACACAACGCAAUCGCGGCCAGAAGGAGGCCCACAAAUCCUCGCGAGCCAACCACAACCGGAAGGCCGGAGCAGCCUUCAAGCGGAGCAAGGGCAUGAUGGGAUGAUUAGCUCCACUGCCCAGCCCCAGCCCCAGCCCCAGCUUCUGGACGGAUAAUUGUUGAAUAAUUCAAUUUAUUUAUAAACUAGAGACAUUUUUGAGAAACCUGUA